AUGCCUGAAAAACACCCUGUUUCUGACGACUAUGCGCCCCAUCUUCCGCCGGACAUCAAGUACAAGCUCACUUCGAAGUGGCCAGCUGCCCGCUUGAUCCCUCCCAGUCCGCCGACGACGAUCUCAUGGCGGUGGUUCGUUCCGUCGCGGAGGCAUCGACGGGCCCAACAGAAUGUGGAGGCCGAGCCCUGGAACAUCUCCAAAUGGUGUCUCCUGUUCUCUUCUCUGUCGGUCUUCGCGUACGGCAUGGUCGGGCUGUUCUGUUUUCUAGCAACAUGUUUUGAUUCCUGGACCCACGCCGACGUCCUCCGCUACACCGACCCAGACAUCCUCGCCCUCCUCGCCCUCUCCUCCGCCAUCCUUCUCCUCUCCUCCGUCGUCGGGUUCUGCGGCACGCUCCUACACUCCCGCCCGCUCCUCGCGCUCUACGCCCUCUUCCUCUGGCCCGCCUUCGUCUCGCUCCUCACGAUCGGCUACGUCGCGUACAAACGGGCCGCCUUCGCGCUCGACCGCAAGCUCAACCUCGCCUGGAGCGAGUGGUACACGCCCCUCGCGCGGCUCGUCAUCCAGGAAUCGCUCGCGUGCUGCGGCUACCACAGCCCGCUGCACGAGGCCGCGCCGAGCGCGUCGUGCUUCGCGCGCACCCGCCUCCCGGGGUGCAAGGGCCCGCUGCUCCGGUUCGAGCGGCGGGCGCUGGGCGCGGCGUGGGCGGCCGCGUUCGCGCUCGUCCCGCUGCACGUCGUCAACAUCGCGGUCGCGCUCUUGUGCGCGAACCACGUCGACGGCGCGUUCGGGGGCAAGAUCAUGCCGAGGCGCUACUGGCUCACGGCGGACGACCUGAGGCGGGCGGGCGUGGACGACCUGGCGCCUUACGACGACUUGGCCGUGCCGGAGCUCACGAAGUUCAAGGUCGGCGGUGCGGCGCGGGAGGAUAGGGAGGAGAGGCUGCCGUUGCUGGGAUGA